AUGGCUAUGGUUCCCGAGGAGAAGGUCUGGAAUGAGGGUACGAAGGAACAAAGUCCUAGCGGCUUAGGGCAAUUCACUAUCAUGAAAUACGUUGAGCAUGCCUGUGAUAUCAGCGACGCACAGAAUACUCCUGGAAGACUACCUGAAGAACAGUCCGCUCUUGAUCCCUCUGCGGACAAGGGAAACCUUCGAAAAUUGUACAGCCAAAUUGCAGAUGUCUUGCUCCAAUUUAUCUAUAUUUUUUUUCAUUCUCUAAAAUUGGAUCCUUCACCCGAGUUUGAGGAUACUUGGGAUGUCGCUAGGAGACCAUUAACGUAA